GGAUCGUGUUUCUCCCACAAUAAGUGAUAUGGAAUAGGUUGGGAAGCUAAUGGAGAACUGCCUUGCUGAGAUAGCCUCCGAUUGUAACUUAUCUGUCGCGAAAUUCAUUAGUCUUGCUGAACUUAUUCCAGAGCAAUCAAGGGCUCAUCCUACUCAAAGUGACCUGGAGAGGGAGAAAGUUUGCAGCUUGAUGGACUGUAAGAAGCUUUCUCGAGAGGCCUGUGUUCAUGCCGCACAAAAUGACCAGCUCCCCUUUCAAACAGUAGUUCUAGUGCUUUACUAUGACCAACAGCACCUUCACGAUGGUUGUGGAGAAUAUUUCAUAUGUAUAAUCAAUCAGUAG